AUGGCAACUCCCGAGCACGAAGAGCAGCCCGGCCCAGAGUUUGUAUCAGCCGGCGUGUCAUUAUUUGUCGGCGGCGGCGCGUGCGGUGGCGGCGUGCUUUACCGACAACGAACAGCGCCUGCGCCGCAAACUCCUGCGCAUCUCGUACCGCCGGCGCUACACGACCGCCUGUGGAUGUGGAAGUGCUUCAACUAUACGAGUCAGCUAUCCACCGAUGGUGUGACCAUCACAGCACCCUCAGAAGCAGGGCGGUGGUCGCUCUGGGCGCUAUCCCUGUCCAACCGAGGGCUGCGGUUCUCAGCACCCAGAACCAUCAACGUCUUCCGGCCCAUACAGCUGGACUUCGCACUACCCCCAGCUUUGAAGGUCGGGGAGACCGUUGAAGUGGACGUCAAGAUCACGAACAACAUCAACAAUUGUAUGGAUGUGACAGCACUGCUAGCGCUUAGCGCGGGCGCAGCUUUCGCGAGCACUGGCGCCCUUUACGUGACGGAGAGACUCAGACUUGGUCCUCGUGGAGGCACGCAGCUAGUCGUGCGAGUAGCAGUCAACACGCCUGGCAGGAAGAAUAUUACUGUGGAAAUAACCGGGUACAGCGCUGACAACUGCUCAGUGUCGUACACUUCGUUCAACAACGAGACGCUCGUGGGUUCAGUGAUCCGGUCAGCCAGUGUCUUAGUGCUUCCCGAAGGAUUGCACAGGAGCGACACACAGAGUGCCUACUUCUGUGCCAAUGAGCACCUAGCUGUCUCAUCCCGAGGAUCCUGGGAGUGGCAGUGGGUGGCAGCGCCAAGGAACAGAGCUGGUCUAGUGUUGGAACUCCGUUCGCAAGGCGCCGCCCAUGUCGCGUUGUCGGCCAUACGGGAGCCCUCCGAUGACAUGUACAGAGUCGUCUUCGAGAAGACCAGGGUGUGGAUCGCUAAAGGAAAACAUGGCUACGACGUCCACUUAGCCAGCGCAGAACAGACAGAAAGUGACGAAGAAUGUUCCAAUGCUGGUUCCUGGUGUGCCUGGUGGGUCUGGUGGGAGGGUGGCCGCCUCUCCGUAGGAAGAGGUGCAGCACCUUCCGAGAGAAGACUCCUGGUCUGGCCGCUCGCUCCUGACAUGAGGAUCAAAUUCGUGGGCUUUAGUGCGCUGUGGGGAGAUAAAGCGGAUUUCAGAGGGGCAGCACCUUCCGAGAGAAGACGCCUGGUCUGGCGACUUGCUCCUGGCAUGGGGAUCAAAUACGUGGGCUUUAGCGCGCUGUGGGGAGAUAAAGCGGAUUUCAGAAUCUGGAACUUCAACGAAGAGGCAGGCUUCUCCCAAGUCCUGGAACUCGGUCUUCCCCGAGGCGUGGUCCCCGGGUCCGCAAGCGGGACUCUGCUAGUCUCUGGCGGUCUCCAUCUCCCGCUCUACAGUCUUCAGAUGGACUCGACCGACCAGUGGGCUGAGGUGUGGAGAGACUCGCAACUGUCGGCGGCUUCGGCUAGCUUAGCUCCGCUGCUGGCGUUGGAGCAUAUACCGCAUUUGGUUGAAGAUGCGGAAAGGGAGAGGAUAUUGAAGAAGUUGCCUGAGCAGGUGCAAGUCCUUCUAUCUUUCCGCAAAAGCGACAACUCCUUCAGCGACCAUCCAGCCAUGAGCAGUCACUUGUCCACGAUCAAGAUCUUGGAGAUCCUCACCAAAAUCCAGUCCUACUACCCAGUGGACCCAGAACUGUUGCAGAACAUCAAAAAGUGGAUACAAACCAGACAGAACCAUGAUGGGUCCUUCACUCCACUACCAGCUGAUAAAGAAGUAGACUACUAUCCUGUGGAAAUGAAGAAAACUAACUCCUCAGAUAAGGAAGUCAAUGUGAACGAGUAUUACUAUUAUGAUAAAGAUGGGAAUAUGACUCAGGAGGAAAUCGAUUGGGAGAGGAAGGUCGAAGUCACGGCAGAAACAUUGGUGGCGUUGCUUGAAGUUGGAAUUGAGAACCAGGCAAGUAUGAACAUAAUACCGACCAACUGA